CUGGUGCUGUCGCAAAAAUUCUGCGACGGAAGUAGUUCAUGUCGCGCUUCCUGCAGUCCAACGUGUUCUAGAUUUUUUCACGUGUGUUUCUUCGUGUGAGUUUAUACCGAUUCCUACUACAAGAUAAACAGCGUUAAAUCCGACGCAGUUUUGGGACGGUGUAAUAAAUUAGGAAAGCAGUAGAGGAGGUAUUAGAGCACAGCUGUGCAGGAUCAGUCAUGGGGAGGAAGCUUGAUCCCACAACCAAGGUGAAGCGUGGACCUGGACGAAAAGCCAGGAAGCAGAAAGGCGCAGAGACUGAGCUGGCCAAGAUUUUAGUGGAUGCAGACGAGCCAAAAAAACUGUCUAGCAGAGCAAGAAAACGUGCUGUGAAGAGGGCACAGGGGGCCACUGCACCAAAGGAAGAGAAACAGCCCAAGAAAGGAUUCUCCGAUGAGAACAGCGAAUGGCUGACACCAGCUAAGAGAAAGCGCAAAAUUGACCAUUCAGAAGGGGACGAGGACAGCGACAGCCAAUGGGAGGAAGAGGAAGAUGAUGUUGAUGAAGUAGAUGAUGCAGUGAAAGGACGAAAAGAACUACUUGAAGAUGAUGAUGAGGAUGAUGAUAUGGUCGAUGACUAUGGGGCGAUGGAAGAUAGUGAAGGAGAAGAACAGGAGGAGGAGGAGCAGGAGGAGGCAGGCAGUGAAGGAGAGCUGCUACCUAUUGAACGAGCUGCAAGGAAACAGAAAAAACGACAGGAAGCUGCAGCACAGGAGAGUGAAGAUGAGGACGACGACGACGAUGAUGAUGGUGAGGAGGAGGAGGAAGAAGAUGAUGACAACAUGGAAGGGGAGGAGGAGGAGGAAGAGGAGGAAGACACAGUGCAGGCAAAUAUCGACCACAUAGAUGCGUUCAAACUGCCUAGUGUAAAGGAGAGAGAGAAAGAGGGACUUUUGCCUCUAGACCUGCAGAGCGUUCAUCAGAGGAUCAAAGACAACAUUGAUGUUCUCGCCAACUUCAGUGAGAAGAGAGAGGAGGGGAGAGAGAGAGCAGAGUACCUUUCACUGCUAAAAUCUGAUCUCUGCAUGUACUACAGCUACAAUGAUUUCCUCAUGGGCAACCUCAUGGAGCUGUUUCCGCAUUCUGAGCUCAUAGAUUUUCUGGAAGCGAAUGAAAUUCAGAGGCCUGUCACCAUUAGGACCAAUACCCUUAAAACCAGGAGGAGAGACUUGGCUCAGGGUCUGAUUAAUAGGGGUGUAAAUCUGGAUCCUUUGGGAAAGUGGUCGAAAGUGGGCUUGGUCAUCUUUGAUUCCUCAGUUCCCAUAGGUGCAACUCCUGAGUAUCUGGCUGGGCAUUACAUGCUUCAGGGAGCUUCUUCACUGCUUCCUGUAAUGGCUCUUUCUCCCCAGGAGGGGGAGUCUGUGCUGGACAUGAGUGCAGCUCCUGGAGGAAAGACCACAUAUAUGGCUCAGCUGAUGAGAAACACAGGAGUGAUAGUUGCUAACGAUGCCAGUGCUGAGAGGUUGAAAAGUGUUGUGGGAAACAUCCAUCGCCUGGGAGUCACCAACACCAUCAUUUGUAACUAUGAUGGCAGACAGUUUCCUAAGGUGAUGGGAGGUUUUGACAGAGUUUUACUGGACGCGCCUUGUUCAGGCACAGGGGUCAUCUCUAAAGAUCCAGCAGUGAAAACUAGCAAGGACAGUGCCGAUAUCCUGCGCUCAGCUCAUCUACAGAAGGAGCUGAUUCUGGCUGCUAUUGACUCAGUCAACGCUGACUCACAGACGGGUGGCUAUCUUGUCUACUGCACCUGCUCCAUUACGGUUGAAGAGAAUGAGUGGGUUGUGGAUUAUGCCCUGAAGAAGAGAAAUGUAAAACUGGUUCCGACAGGAUUGGACUUUGGCAAAGAAGGCUUUACCAGAUUUAAAGAGCGACGUUUCCACCCUUCACUUAAACUGUCUCGGAGAUUCUAUCCACACUCCCACAACAUGGAUGGAUUCUUUGUGGCAAAACUGAAGAAGUUCUCUAAUACCAUCCCUUCUGCACCCACAGAAGAAAAUGAAAAGGCCAGCGAAACAGAAACACCAGCUACACCAGCUGAGGAAAAAACCUCAAAAUCAGAGUCUAAGCAACAGAGCAAAGGUACACAGGGAAAAUCCAAAGAGACCAAGCAACAAUUAAAAGCUGCUAGCAGCAGCAAAACUGAAAGCCCCACUGCGAAGAAAAAGCCAGCGAUAAAAGGUAAAAAAUUAAAGGAUGAAGGUCCGAAAAAGAAAAUAGCCAAAAUGGAUGAACAGAAUUCAAAGGAAGCCAAGACCAAAGAAAAGCUCAAAGUUCUAAAAGUGGACAAAGACAUAAUAAAUGAGUCUGGGACUGAGAAAGCAGAGGGAAGCUUGCUUAAGAAGAAGACAAACAAAAAGAAUCAGAAGAACCUCUUUAAAAGAAGGAAGAAUAAAAUGGGGAAAACUAAUUUAAGAAGUUAAAUGUACUGAAGCAACAGGAGGCUGGACAGUAGAAUGGAGCUUUUAUAAUAAAAAAAAAUUAACUUCCUUAAGACAUUAUGUAUCCCUGUGGACUUUAAAAACACUUUAAUGUCUUUUAGUAUGUGCUAGACCCUGCAUUUUUAUUUUGCUAUUACUGUCAAAACCAAGCAAAAGUACACUGUAAACAGCAACAUGUGAAUAAAUUGUCUUGGUUUACUUGUAA